AUGGCCAGCUCGUUCUUGAAGAGAACGCAGAGGAUGAAUAGUUCAAUACCACUCGCGAAGGGCAGCCCGAUGGCCAUCCUAGUAGUGGUCUGCUCAGCUAUAGCAAUUUACAAUGCCCUCGAACUCCUCGUUCUCGUCUUGAUGACUUUUCAGCGACGAAAGGGCCUUUAUUUUUGGAGCAUAACGCUAGCCUCAUUCGGAUUGAUUCCAUACUCCGUCGGCUGGACGCUGGUCAACUUCAAGCCCUCAGUCGAUUAUAUAGGCGUGACACUCGAUAUUAUUGGCUGGAUUUUGGUGGUCUCAGGCCAAUCUGUCGUCCUGUAUUCGCGCUUGCAUCUAGUGCUCAACAAUACCACUAUCCUGCGAACCGUCCUCUGGAUAAUCAUCUGCGACGCUGUUGUCUGGCACAUCUCCAUUACUGUUCUUCUAUUCGGAUCUAUAUAUAGCCCUCUUCCGAGCAGGAACAACUUCAACGCUGUCUACCAUGUCAUGGAAAAAGUACAGAUCACCUUUUUCUGUGUCCAGGAAUUCUUUAUCUCUAGUCUAUACAUCUGGGCGACGGUGAACAUGCUCAAGACGGCAUCCGGCAACAAGCGACAGAUCAUGUGGAAACUCUUCGGUAUUAACGUACUGAUUGUGUUGAUGAAUAUCGGAGUACUCGCGGUCGUAUAUAAUAACUUAUUCAUCUGGGAACAGGGGAUCAAAGCCGUCAUAUACUCUAUAAAGCUUAAGCUUGAGUUUGCUAUCCUGAACCAGCUUGUCAGGUUUGUGCAGCGACACGAGGGUAUAAAUUCCGUAUCUCCUCCGGAUUCCAAUAUUAAGUCUGGAGAGAGAGCUAGCGAGCAGCCACAUGCAAAGAAUACGAAAAUUCGACAAGUAAGCAUGCCUGACGCUAUCCAUUUGGAGGAUAUGUCUAUCAGCAACGCGGCGGCUUCGGCCCCUGACCUAUUAACCCGCCAAGGGGAUCAUAGCAAUGAAAUCAGGGUUUCAACGGAGAUAAGUGUGGAGGAGGAGUCUGCGGGUAGUAGGGAUUGUGUGAGUAUGCACGCCUUGUACAACGAAGCAAUGUGGCAAAUAUCGAUGCCGCAUAAAGCGCCUUGA